AGCAUUGUGGGUGAUUAUAAAGUGAGUCUGCUUGUUCCUGAGAACCGUGGAACGUGUAUACUGUCUUCGAAAUGGAAAUCCAUGAAACGGAUGAGGAGCAGCUUCCCGUGUUCAUGCUUUCCCGAGGAGUCUCUCCAGGCCAUGCCAUGUGGAACGCACCGUCCAGUCCGCAGCUCGUCAUCCACAGCUCGGGCACCGCUGGAGUCCGGAGCGGCUGCCGGGGCCCCGCUGUCACCAGCGCCCGGGGCCCUUCUCCCGCCGGUUCCAACGCGCUCCGUGCGCUCGGCGCAGGGAAGCGGCGGCGGUUCCCGUCUCCCCCCGGGCGCUGUCCGCAGCUCCUACCGCUCGGAGCGGCGAUCACGGCGCCGAUCCGGGGCGGCCGCCGCGGCCCGGCCCGCGCGGCCACGGCCACCCCCGCGCGCGGGCGCCGUCCUUGAUCUCGGCGAGGAAGGCGUCGCGCAGGCGAAGCAGGCGCGGGGCCAGGUCGCGCUGGCCGCGGGUGAGGGCGGCGGCGGUGACGCGGGCGGCGGCGCGGAUGGGCCGCGACUCCGAGAGCCGCUCCACGAGCCGCGGGCUGGAGAGCAACAGCAGCAGCGCUCGCAGCAGCGCCAUGGCCGCCGCUCUCGCGAGACCCGGCGCCCCCACACUCGAGAGGUGCCGCGCACCCCGCCCCGCCGAGCUCGCGAGAGCCCCGCAGCGCCCCGCCAUUGGCUGCGCGCCCGGCGAGCGCGGGGCGCGUGCGCGGGGCGCGGGAAGGCGCCGAGAGGCGGCCGGACCCGGUGGUGUCGGUCCGUGCGGUGCUGGGCACAGCCGGGCCGGGCCGUGCUGGGUUGGGCUGGCCUCGAACGGGCCGGGCACGGCAGCGCCGCCAUGAGCUUCAGCGGGACCCUGAGCAUCCUGCGCAGCGACUCCUACGCCGAGCUUAGCCAGUACCGGGACCAGCAUUUCCGGGGGACGCGGUACGACCAGGAGCGGCUGCUGAGGAAGAGCUGCACGCUGUACGUGGGGAACCUCUCCUUCUACACCACGGAGGAGCAGAUCCACGAGCUCUUCGGCAAGAGCGGCGACAUCAAGAAGGUCAUCAUGGGGCUGGACAAAGUGAAGAAAACCGCCUGCGGCUUCUGCUUCGUGGAGUAUUAUGCCAGAGGAGAUGCUGAAAAUGCAAUGCGAUACAUCAACGGGACCAGACUUGAUGACAGGAUCAUAAGGACAGACUGGGAUGCAGGAUUUAAGGAGGGUAGGCAGUAUGGCCGUGGAAGAUCAGGGGGGCAGGUCCGAGAUGAGUAUCGGCAAGACUAUGAUGCUGGAAGAGGUGGCUAUGGCAAAACUGUUCAGUGCCAGUGACUCCUCAGCUUCACAAGACAACCAAAUCUGCAUUGUAAAUGUCCCUAGGCACAGAGUAGGUCUCUUGCACACAAUUCACGGAAACUCCUAUCCACGUUCCUGUGAGCACAUCCUAUGUUCAAUACCUCUUCUGUUUUAAUACCAGGAUCCAAAGCAUUGCAGAGGACCUGGGAGCAAGGCUUUAAGCAUUGGAAUGCUGAGGCUUUGGUCUCAAAAUGCUGCUAUACCUUACUGAAAGGAGUGAAGAUGUUAUGGUGCUUUAUUUUUUCUCUGGCAAAACUUGAUUAUUCUACUGGGUUUUGUUUACAUUGGUAUCCCAGGGUGGAGAGCAGUGAUAAAGGAUGAUUGGUGGUUUUUUUGCAGAUGAAAGCAAAAGGCAAAGAGCCUGAAAAGGAAGUGUAAUUUCUAGGGAAAUUUUUCAAAUUGUACAGAAGAUUGUUAUGUUCAGAUUUUCUGGGGUUACUGGAUUAGCAUCCUUUUCUGCUCAUGCUGUUCCUAGAACAUUUACAUGAACAGCCAUAAUAAAAUCAGAUUGAGUUCAGGAGUCAUGAAGUUGAGAAGUGACUGAGCAGAGAGCAGGAAACAGACCUCUGCUGUCUUCUACAAAGUAUAGUUGUGAUUGCAUGACAGAGAAGAACAAAUUCAAGAAUUACAGUACUAUUAUUUCACAGUUUGAGUAUUAGUAUUUUGUCCCAUCUGGUAGCUCUCACAGCCUUAAUAUUUAAAGGGCAGUAUCUUCCCUGUGCCUGUAAGGGUUGCAUGAAGCCAAGUUACCCCCAAAAUGGGAUUUUUGUGAAACCAGGUUUAUAUGACAAAAUUUCUUCCCAAAAUAGGUUCUCUGUUUGAGAAACUUGAUUUCAGAUAACUUAGAAACACAAGAGUUUUGGGAGGAGCCUUGCUUUCUACUGAGCAUGUGAUAAGAAUGGUAAAAAAAUUCCAGAAUUGCGUAGCUUGUGUUUUGGUUUUUCUCUUUCCAUGCUGGGUCCUAUUCAUACUGCUUGUUGAUGUGUUGGAAUUUUGAUGUAUUGCAGACAUAGGUUUAAAAAAUAUGGUCCCAAAAUAAAUUAAAUUUACCUGCUAAAACAAAAUAGUUUAAAAAGGGCUUUUUUGUUACAGUGCUUUGGAAUUUUUUCAUGGACUUCUGAGUUCCAUGUAAAUGACAAUUCCUAAAGUUUUUUGCAAAUACCUCGUUGUCCAUGAUCCUUAUAAGCUUUCAGAGGUGUACAAAAGUUGAUCUUUGCUCACUGAAGGUAUUGUACAAAAAUUUUGAUGUGUGUCUUGCAUACAGUUCAUCCCAACUGUUUCUGUAAAUGGAAAGAUAAGUGAGAUUGAGCAACUCCUUACUAAGGAAGUGUGGGUUUGAUGUUUUUCGUCAUGUAGACUAAAACUCGACUUUUGGGAUCACAUGGUGCUGGUCUGCAAAUAAGAUUUGAACAAAGUUACCUUUUCCAGUAUAGUACAUUUGAUUAUGAGUUUACAGUCUGUAAUCUGCUGUCGAACACUGCUGAAGUUUAUUUUACAUUGUAUCAAUUUUGUAUAAAAAGUAUGUUACCAAAAGCUCUAAAGUCACUUUCUUUUAAAUAAAGCUGCAACAUUAAAAUGG